AUGUUACUAGGAUGCAUAACUCACACAAAAUCGUGUAGCGAUUGUCGCACCUUCGCAUUGGUUGUCGCAAUCGAUAAAUACGCAUCUGUACGUUCAUUGAAAGGUUGCAAAAACGAUGCCAGAGGUAUAGUGGACUAUAUGCAAAACAAGCUCGCCGCUCGCAAAUCGGACAUUCACACAUUUUACGACGAAAACGCGAGCCGCGAAAACAUUCUAUCGGCUUUCAGAACGCAGCUUAUCGACAACGAAGAGAUAAAGUCGGGAGAUCUGAUGAUUUUCUACUUCGCAGGUCAUGACACGAGUCAAUAUGCUCCGAAGGAAUGGGAAGUGCAACCCAAAGGCGAGAUAGAGCGUAUCUGUCCACAGGAUAUUGAUUUCAAGAGCGUCCAUGGCAUCCCCUCCUUCACUUUAAAUGCGCUUCUAACAGAGUUAGCAGACAAAAAGGGCAAUAAUAGCCUAAGUGAACGCAUGUCUAUCGUUUUGCUUGUGGUCACAAUGAGCACAGGUUGUCAUGAUUGA